AUGGCAGUGCGCGUGGAUGACACGGUUUUCUUGGACUCAUCACUGGUGGCCUGGGGCGUCCCCGAAACGGUGCGUCAGGCCCUUGCUGCAAAGGGGUUCACUACCAUGUCUUUGAUUGCUCAUGCGUUGCCAAGCUCCGAUCAUCUGGAGAGCUUUGUCGACUUGGUUCUUGGUCGCCCAGAGGGGUUAGCCCCUGACGCCCCCUUGCUUUCUCCAGAAGCCUCCGCUCUGCGCAGGGUCGUGAAGGAAUGUUCUGCAGUGGUCUCCGGCACGUCCUCUCUGUCGGGCAUCCCUUCCUCUGCCCUCACUGUUCCGAAACCCAAGCUGUGUGCCGGGGAUGUCACCAAAAUGGUUACUGACUUCACCGCCAAGUAUCCUUCCGAAUUUCUUCGUGCCCAGCUUGAGGGCCUCGAUGCUCGGAACUUGGGUUGGAUUCCCUGGAGGUUCCGCACGACGGAGCAUGAGGAGGCUGUGGUUGUUCGUCGUAAGCCUCGCGCUGAUGUGGCUUUGCUGACUUCUCUCCUUGCUGCCCAGGAUCCGGAUCCUCUUGAGACAUCCGUCCCUUCGGGGGGGCCACUUGAAGCCACGCUGCGCCGGUUCAUCGGCCUCUUGUGCACCUCGAUUGCGCUGUUGGACGGGAUGCAUUUGCUGCCCCUUCGCAAGAUGCUGGAACGUUUCGUCUCCACCGCGACGGCGGUGCCGGAAGACCGCUCGUUGCUUUUUUACCCACUCUAUCCAUUGGCCUCGCGAGCCUUUGGAAUCUUGUCAAGAGGCGUAAUUAGGUCGAAUUCAAAUCUGAUCUGCUUGGGAAACACAAAGUUCCUCCCAUGA